AUGUCAACUAUUAAGCAAUAUACCGUUGCCCAAAACCUAAUCCCUCAUAUCCUAGCAACUACCACCCCAAAAGGCGCACUCCUGCGCUACUUGUGCGUACCAUUCAUGAUAUGGAUCUUCAGCUUGAUGCUCCACCCAGUCAAAACCCCAUCGCAUGUUACAUCCCUAUCCGCUAUCACCGCUUGGUUCAACAUUCUCUCAGCCCUGGAUCCCCUGCUACUCAACCCCAAAGAAGCAGAUGACUUUGUCGCCAUCAACGAGGGAACAAGCAAAGUCAAGAGCUUCUUCUAUGGCUUACGAACCGCCCUGAAACAGCAUCUUAACACCCAAAAAAUCAACACGCCCGAGAAAGCAAAGAACACGCCUCCCAUGCCGAGAUAUUACACCCAGGGGAAUGGCAGGAAUGCAUCAAAGCCUAUCUCCCGACGCCGGUACCUAAUCCGCGAGACGGCGAUUGCGGUGUGGCAAUAUCUGGUUCUGGAUAUUUCGACUUCACAAGCUGUCAAGUCAGGUCUGAGCAAAAGUGAACAGCAGCAGCAGCAGCAGCAAAUUACCUUUGUUGAAGACUCCUGGAAAGUUCUGGCAUCAACUGCUCCGCAUUAA